GGAGGCCGCAGCAUGGGCCGCGCACAAUCGUGGGCCCGGAAUACCACGGAGAUCUCAGGGAAAGAAGAAGGAGAAAAAAAAAAACACAAGAGAAGUGGCGAGAGGAGAGACGGCGGCGACGCCACCGGCAGGGGAGGAAAGGGAAGACGACGAUCCGCGAGCGUGGUGCCCGGGCCCGGCCGGCGACGAGAUGUGGCGGAGGCGAGUGGGCGCCCUCCUUCUCCAAUCCCCACUUGCUUCCUCCUCCUCCUCCUCCACGGCCGCCUCGUCCUGCCAGCGCCUCCGACACCACCUUCUCCCCAGCGAGGAACCUCUUGCUCUCAAUCGUCGUCUUGCCAGGCUCUUCACGUCCCAGGAUGGAAGUGAUGGUGGCGAUACCCAGAAGCCCUUUAUUGCUUUUGUCUUAGGGGGUCCUGGGAGUGGGAAAGGAACUCAGUGCACCAAGAUUGCUUCGGAUUUUGGAUUCGCCCAUUUGAGCGCUGGCGAUCUUCUCCGGCACGAAAUAGCAUCUGGCAGCGAGAAAGGGGAGUUGAUCCUAGACAUCAUAAAGGAAGGCAGGAUUGUCCCGUCUGAGAUAACUGUGGAACUCAUAAGGAAAGCGAUGGAAACGAAAAAUGCUAAAAGGGUUCUUAUCGACGGCUUCCCAAGGUGUGAGGAAAACAGAAUCGCCUUCGAAAAAAUUGUUGGAACAGAACCAGACAUUGUGAUUUUCUUUGACUGUCCUGAGGAUGAGAUGGUUAAACGCCUUCUAGGCCGUAACCAGGGGAGAGUUGAUGAUAACAUUGAGACAAUCAAGAAGCGUCUAAAAGUGUUUGAAAGUUUGAAUCUUCCUGUCGUUGACUACUACUCUUCAAGGGGAAAAGUUCACAAGAUAAAUGCCACGGGUACUGCAGACGAAAUAUUUGAAGCUGUCCGCAGGCUGUUUUCUUCCUUAAGGUUAUGAUGAGGCUAGCGUCUUCGAGGGAACCUGAGGAUUUGUCUCUUCCAGGCUCUUGCAUUUUCAUCAGAAAAAAAAUAAGACACUACACAUUUUGUUCAGGAUCCACGGAGUUAUGUAUCAAUGUAUGUGCCCCUCAGCACAUUAACAUCUUGGCAUGGUAACUGUACAUAUAUAUUCCCAAUAAUGAAUCAUGAAUGUGAACCAUGGGAUAUUUCUGAAAAGCUGAACCCAAAGUUAUACUAGUUGACAAA